CUUUACUACGUACUGCAUAUCGCCCAAAGUGGCGUUUGGCUAGGCGCGCUGCCUUGCCAUCUACGCUGCCGCUACGCGUGCCACUAGGAGUUUUACAGUGAUCAGACCCAAUACGACUUCAGCGAAGGUAACACACGUAUAGGAUGAAUCUCCGGUUAUUACUCUUUGCUAUGCUGCUUGUCGCUGGUCCACUGCCAAGGGGAACGAUGGCGGGAAAGCGGAAGAAGAGUCCCCCGCCACCUCCGCCACCCCCGCCAUCAAAGAAGCCGAAUAUUAUCCUAAUCCUUACAGAUGACCAGGAUUAUGUGAUGAAUUCUACACAUCCGUAUUACCUCCCCAUGCUUCAUAAGCAUCUGCGCCUGCAAGGUACUGAAAUACCGCACUUCAUCACUUCCGUUGGCAACUGCUGCCCGAGCCGCACCACGCUGCUGACGGGUCGCCACUGCCACAACACAAAUCUUACGGCAAAUGACCCGCCAUAUGGUGGGUUUCAAGCGUUCAAAGCGAAUAAGUUGGACAAGAACUAUCUGCCCUUGUGGCUCCAGGCUGCAGGCUACCAAACGUUCUGGGUGGGCAAGGCCCUGAACGGCUUUGACAGCCUGCAGGCCGACAGGCUGGGUUGCCUGCCCGGUUGGAGCCAUCUGAUGCCCGCCGUGGCCCCGCCCACCGCGGCCUACUGGGCUGAGUUCCAGGCGUCCAUCUCGCAGCGGCCGCCCGUGUACCUGAAGUUCUAUUACACCAACUGCCAGUACUAUGAGAAGAAGACGGGCUUCCCGGACGACAACCUGUUUCAGCGUGCCUUUGAGUUGAUCGAGGACGCGACGGACAAGGGUUCACCGUUCUUCCUGAAGCUCUCCGUGUCAGCUCCCCACGACGGGCCCGUGGACAACCUCCCCCGCAUUGCUGAGCGCUUCCUGCAGGCCUUCCCAGGGCUGCAGGUUCCCAAAGGUCCCAAUUACGGCAAGCCGACCGACCCACGGUUCGAAAUCUCGAAGCAGCGGCCCCUUUGGUGGAACUUGGCGGACAGCGAUGCUCGCUACCGUGCUCGCGCGCAGUCACUGCUGGCCAUUGAUGAGAACCUGGACAAGCUAGUCACAAAGCUCGAGUGUCUGGGUAUCCUGGAUAACACGUACAUCAUCUGGACCAGCGACAACGGCUUCAAGCUGGGACAGCACAACAUCCCACAGGAGAAAUGGACCUACUUUGAGGAAGACGUGGCUCUUCCCUUCUUCAUUCGGGGUCCGGGUGUGCCUCGUGGCGUGUAUGCCAGCACGGUCCAAGCCGCCAUGGUUGAUGUGACCGCUACCAUUGUUGAUAUCGCGGGCGCUAAACCCACAGGAACGUACCGCUUGGACGGCGCACCCAUUCCCUUGGACCUCAUCUCCUCCCUCAACCCAACACCCAACAGCCCCUUCUACAACUACACGGGAGCAUAUUGGAACGCCCCAUCAGGCACCGACAUCACGGUCCUCGGUUCUCAGAUGAGUACGGACAUGUGUGUACGACAAACCCGACCACCGCCAAUGCCCCCGCAGCCGCCGCGGCCGCCCCCAUGCAAGGGCGCUGCAUGCAAGAUCAAGGGUUAUACGUCUGAUGACGAUGAUACGGAGGACUCCUUUCUGAGAACCGAUGCACUGUAUGACGUGGCCGUCCCUGUGCCAUCUGAGGCAGCAGCGACGGCAGCAGCGGCGGAGGGCGGUGUUUCCGAUAACGGAGGUAAUCGGAGGCUGAUUGCGGCUGGGGAUGUCAACAGUGGUGUGGCAGGCGGCCGACUGUCCAACUGGUCAAAUUUGGCGCUCAUCGAGCAGUGGAAGACCGGCAAGACCUAUCGGGGCAAGGACUACCGUGCGCUGAGAGCAUGCAUGCCGCCUGAUGCCGCCAUUUCGCAGUCGCCCCGGGGCAUCCUGCGUACCGGCAAUGCGUGCUACAAGUAUAUAGUGUACUGCAACAUAAAUAAUGCGUACGGCGACCUCCGUCUCAACCAAUUGUUCAACUUAACGGUCGACCAAGCGGAGGUCAACGACUUGCUGCUGAAGCUGCCACUGCCAAGUUACACGAGGCGUCUCGUUGACCGACUGGACGCAGCGUUGACCGUGAUGUCGUACUGUUCGGGAUCCACCUGCACCCAACCGUUUUCGCGAAUUCAUCCCGACGGUUCUGUUGUCAACCUGGCAGAGGCCAUGGAUCCCGCGUACGACAGCCUUUACGCUGGAUUCCAAAAGCUGGAUUUCUACAAAUGCGCCGAGUAUUACGAUCCAGCAAACGAAAUCCCGGAUCCACGGUUGGUCCCCGUUGAGUGGACGGCUCCUCCUCCCAAGGCCCCUUUGAGCUAUGCGCUUUCUUACAGCGGCUUGUCAACUGCUGCUUCUGCGUCUUCAGCUGAUACUGCAACGGAGGCGGCAACGGUAGCAACGGCCACUGCUUCAAAGGUCGUUAGGAGGCUUCGUGUGAGGGGAGGUCGUGGCUCACGUCGGGGCUCCCGGUGGCAAUAGCGGCGCACAUUACACGAUGUGGCUCGGAUAUUGGCUAUAAGGUUAGGCAGCCUUCAGGAUUGAGUUCAGUAAUAAUAAAUCUACAACACUCCUUGAAGUUCUUCUUAUGUUUGGUUGGUUACGGGAUGUAAAUCCUGCUGUUCAGUGGUAGAUGAUUUGGGUGGAAGGGUAAUGGUAGGUCGCAGGAGGAGGAGACCGGUACGAGCAGGCAGGAUGAGCGGCAACAAGCAAUCCUAGCUGUCAAUUCAUGCAGUCAUGAAAACGGGCAGUACUUGGAGGGACAUCUGUUGUUGUGCAGUGUUGUGAAGUGCGGUUUGCGUUGAAUACUCUUGUAUGUGUUGAGAAGACGGAAUCAAUCGUGCGAAGAUUUUUAGAAUCCGGUGGCUACUUUAUUGCAUGCUGUGUCAUACAAGUAACAAUUACAUGACAUGAGAUCGUACGAAAAUGCAUGCGCAAGAUUGACAGGGCAGGAUGAUUGGUAACGUGUUGAAAUUUAUUGAACAUCGUUGCCUGUCGUACGUAGAUCUCUACAAUGAUUGCCGUACCCAAAUGCUCAAUACCACCACAUUCGAUGUGCGUGGAGUUGGUACGCUGGUUGGGGCAGUUCGUUCGUUGUGUUCGGAGGUACAUUCAACCUUGUAUGUGUCUUCAGUCAACAACACGGUCGUUGUUAUGCCAGAGAAGUCGUCAUGCCAUCCUCAUGUUCAGCGAAGUAAGCAGUGCUUUGCACCUUAUUUACCAGGGGCUGGCAACCGGUCAUGCAUGAACAGGACAUGCGUGCGGUAUUUCGUUUGCUACUUCUCAACACAGUUGUCGUUCUGUAUACCUGUUACUGACGCGUGUCGAAAGCCCUUGAUGCACGUUGAAAGCACUUGAUGCGUGCACCUGCUUGGUACACAGCAUCGCAUCCAAUGAGCGAUGCUAUGUAUGCGGCUGUGUGUGCGGGAGUCUUUGUAUGUCGCGAUUUCAAACCAGGUUGGGUGGCGUAGGUGUGUUGACCUAGUUGGGACAUUUCGGCUUGCUUGCUUGUUGGGGAGCCCGCUUUGUUCGUUAAGCACAGCUGCCUGCUGUCAGGGGUUUCUGAGCCCUGUGUUUGUUUCUUUUUGCCUCUGCUGGCGCCAUUGAGGGCUGCCAUGGUAUGGCCAUCGACGCGGGAAAUAUGUUCCAGCGUUCAUUUGCGCCCUGGUUGUCGUUAUUUUGUAAGUCAUACGUAAAGCCGUCUCCGGUAGGGCGAUGUUCCUAACCAAGGGGUAACGUGCUGAUGCUUAUAAGGUUACCCGUUACCGGCUGCUAUGAAAUGCAAGGACGCAGGCAGAUGUGUGUGGCUCGCAAACACACGGGUCUCCGUGGCUGCAUUCAGCUUUGGGUAAGGAACUAAUGAUAGCGCGCGUUGUUCUAAUAUGUAAGAUGGGCAAUUAUUGGUCUUGCCGGGGCAAUGUCAAUAGCCAAGCCAUGUCAUCCCAUGUGGCGGCGUCUACACGGCUGCAAACAUUGAUGUGUGGGUCGCGUACACCAGCCGUACCUUUACUUGCAGGCAAUCAGAAUCACGUGCUUAACUGCUGAUGCGUGGGCUG